CAGUAUUUCUAAAGCCCAUUCCAAGUAAGCAAUCCUAUAAUUCUGUGAAUAUUCAAUAUUUCCCUUACUUGAGUGAGAUUAUCUUAUGUUCCACCAGGUCACAGAGAGUGCAUGGAGAUUCUGCUGGCAAAUAAUGUUAACAUUGACCAAGAGGUACCUCAGCUUGGAACCCCCCUGUAUGUGGCCUGUACCUAUCAGAGGGUAGAUUGUGUGAAGAAACUUCUAGAAUUAGGAGCCAGUGUUGAUCAUGGCCAAUGGCUGGACACCCCCCUCCAUGCCGCAGCAAGGCAGUCCAGUGUGGAAGUUAUCAACAUGCUGACUGACUAUGGGGCUAGCCUGAAGCUCAGAAAUGCACAGGGCAAAAGUGCACUUGACCUGGCAGCUCCCAAAAGCAGCGUGGAGCAGGCGCUUCUGCUCUGCGAAGGCCCACCUGCUCUUUCCCAGCUCUGCCGACUGUGCAUCCGGAAGUGCUUGGGUCGAGCGUGUCAUCAAGCCAUCCACAAAUUAUGUCUGCCAGAGCCACUGGAAAGAUUCCUUCUGUACCAGUAGUCCCAAUUAUCCACAGGAAAAUACUCGGAAAUAAAUCGACUGACCAGGACGUGUGCACUCACCCAGUUCCAGAACUGGAAUUUCUCAGGAGGACGGGGAGCAUGGAAUUUGGACAUCUGUGAACGACUGAAGUGGAGCGUAGAAC